AUGGCCCUGCGCUACCCCAUGGCCGUGGGCCUCAACAAGGGCCACAAGAUGAUGAAGAACGUCAGCAAGCCGAGGCACAGCCGGAGCCGCGGGCGCCUCACCAAGCACACCAAGUUCGUGCAGGACGUGAUCAGGGAGGUGUACGGCUUCGCACGGCGCGCCAUGGAGCUGCUCAAGGUGUCCAAGGACAAGCGCGCGCUCAAGUUGAUCAAGAAGAGGGUGGGCACGCACAUCUGGGCCAAGAGGAACUGGGAGGAGCUUAGUAACGUGCUGGCAACCAUGAGGAAGGCAGCGGCCAAGAAGGACUGA